AUGUGGAGCAAAAGGGCUCCGCUUGCAAAGCAGGCAUCCAGAGUGCUUUCACAGAAUCCUUGUAACAGAGCAGGCACAGAGCAGGCACAGAGCAGGCACAGAGCAGGCACAGAGCAGGCACAGAGCAGGCACAGAGCAGGCACAGAGCAGGCACAGAGCAGGCACAGAGCAGGCACAGAGCAGGCACAGAGCAGGCACAGAGCAGGCACAGAGCAGGCACAGAGCAGGCACAGAGCACGCACAGAGCAGGCACAGAGCAGGCACAGAGCAGGCACAGAGCACGCACAGAGCAGGCACAGAGCAGGCACAGAGCAGGCACAGAGCAGGCACAGAGCACGCACAGAGCAGGCACAGAGCAGUCACAGAGCAGGCACAGAGCAGUCACAGAGCAGUCACAGAGCAGGCACAGAGCAGGCACAGAGCAGGCACAGAGCAGGCACAGAGCAGGCACAGAGCAGUCACAGAGCAGGCACAGAGCAGGCACAGAGCAGGCACAGAGCAGGCACAGAGCAGGCACAGAGCAGGCACAGAGCAGUCACAGAGCAGUCACAGAGCAGUCACAGAGCAGUCACAGAGCAGGCACAGAGCAGGCACAGAGCAGGCACAGAGCAGGCACAGAGCAGGCACAGAGCAGUCACAGAGCAGGCACAGAGCAGGCACAGAGCAGUCACAGAGCAGGCACAGAGCAGGCACAGAGCAGUCACAGAGCAGGCACAGAGCAGGCACAGAGCAGGCACAGAGCAGGCACAGAGCAGGCACAGAGCAGGCACAGAGCAGGCACAGAGCAGGCACAGAGCAGUCACAGAGCAGGCACAGAGCAGGCACAGAGCAGUCACAGAGCAGGCACAGAGCAGGCACAGAGCAGGCACAGAGCAGGCACAGAGCAGGCACAGAGCAGGCACAGAGCAGGCACAGAGCAGGCACAGAGCAGUCACAGAGCAGGCACAGAGCAGGCACAGAGCAGGCACAGAGCAGUCACAGAGCAGGCACAGAGCAGGCACAGAGCAGGCACAGAGCAGGCACAGAGCAGGCACAGAGCAGGCACAGAGCAGGCACAGAGCAGUCACAGAGCAGUCACAGAGCAGGCACAGAGCAGGCACAGAGCAGGCACAGAGCAGUCACAGAGCAGGCACAGAGCAGGCACAGAGCAGGCACAGAGCAGGCACAGAGCAGGCACAGAGCAGGCACAGAGCAGGCACAGAGCAGUCACAGAGCAGUCACAGAGCAGGCACAGAGCAGGCACAGAGCAGGCAUUGCCUUGACGCAGCCAAUACUCACCCUCUCUCCCACCCUCUAUGCCCAUUCCCUCCCUUAAUGCCCAUUCCCUCCCUUUAUGCCCAUUCCCUCCCUUUAUGCCCAUUCCCUCCCUUUACGCCCAUUCCCUCCCUCUAUGCCCAUUCCCUCCCUCUAUGCCCAUUCCCACCCUCUCUGCCUAUUCCCUCCCUCUAUGCCCAUUCCCUCCCUCUAUGCCCAUUCCCUCCCUCUCUGCCCAUUCCCUCCCUCUCUGCCCAUUCCCUCCCUCUCUGCCCAUUCCCUCCCUCUCUGCCCAUUCCCUCCCUCUCUGCCCAUUCCCUCCCUCUCUGCCCAUUCCCUCCCUCUCUGCCCAUUCCCUCCCUCUAUGCCCAUUCCCUCCCUCUAUGCCCAUUCCCUCCCUCUAUGCCCAUUCCCUCCCUCUCUGCCCAUUCCCUCCCUCUCUGCCCAUUCCCUCCCUCUCUGCCCAUUCCCACCCUCUCUGCCCAUUCCCUCCCUCUAUGCCCAUUCCCACCCUCUCUGCCCAUUCCCUCCCUCUAUGCCCAUUCCCUCCCUCUAUGCCCAUUCCAACCCUCUCUGCCCAUUCCCUCCCUCUCUGCCCAUUCCCUCCCUCUAUGCCCAUUCCCUCCCUCUCUGCCCAUUCCCUCCCUCUCUGCCCAUUCCCUCCCUCUCUGCCCAUUCCCUCCCUCUAUGCCCAUUCCCUCCCUCUCUGCCCAUUCCCACCCUCUAUGCCUCCCGCCAUACUCACUGCAAGCCAGGAGGCAGCAGAUAGCGGCAGAGCACCCACUCGGUGCUUGUCCCCUUGAGAAUCGCAACGACGAAUUCUGCUACCAAAUUCCUGAUCCCUUCUUGCGACUCAAUAUCGAGGACCAGGAUGGUGGGUUGGAGGGAGAGGGUGAACGGAAAACUGACGAGGAUGAGGGUUCUGCUGACGUGGCUGAUGGAGGAGCGGAAGCAGGCGCAAGGGCGGAUGGAGAGGGUGGAGGGGAUAAAAUCGGGUUUGCAGUUGGAAUGAGGGAUGGCGAGGGUAGGGAUGAGGAGAGUGUUACAGCAGAGGAGAGUGUUACAGCAGAGGAGAGUGUUACAGCAGAGGAGAGUGUUACAGCAGAGGAGAGUGUUACAGCAGAGGAGAGUGUUACAGCACAGGAGAGUGUUACAACCGAGGAUAGUGUUACAGCCGAGGAGAGUGUUACAGCGGAGGAGAGUGUUACAGCAGAGGAGAGUGUUACAGCACAGGAGAGUGUUACAACCGAGGAUAGUGUUACAGCCGAGGAGAGGAAUGGAGAUGGUAGGGGUGAAGGUGGAGGGGAGGCAAGGCGCGUUGCAGCUGGAGUAAGAGACGAGAGGAGACGGGAGGGAAGAGGAGAUCCGACGGUGCAGGGAGAAGAUUCCGCUGGCGUGGACACACGCAGUGAUGCCACGUGUCCUGAGCUUCUCGUCCUGCGGCAUGGUGAGUCAGAGGUGUUGCCACGUGAGCCAAUCAAUGCUCACCACAGCACUUGUGACACGUCAUGCCCUCCGUCCAGUUGGUGUAGUAUAAUCACUCAUUCACACUGCCAACACCCAUCCCUCCCUCCCUCUCCACCUCUUCCGCGUGCACCUCUUCCCCAUUGGUUCCCCUGCCACUCCUGCUCCUCCCCCCUCCUCUCCAAGCCUGCAUCUCGAGCAUCCCACCCAGCACCAUCCGUCUCGCCCUAUGGAACGUUCCUCAGCCCUGGCUCUCUGCCUGCAUGCCGCUGCCCUCCCCGCGCUACCCUUCUUUUCACCCUUCAUCGCUCCGCCACCACCACUAGAGAAUGCAGAAGUGACGAUGCACCGGAGAGUGAUGCAGAAGUGGCGAUGCACCGAAGAGUGAUGCAGGUGAGAGAGAAAGAACUCCCCUCCCCCAUUACUCGUUCCCCUUGUCUCUUCAUCGCCCCACCGCUGCCACUUGAAAACGCAGAAGUGGCGAUGCACCGGAGAGUGAUGCAGGUGAGUGAAUGCGCGACACACACGGCCAGCCUCUCCGUCCUCUCUCACCUCUAUGAGUGCACACCCCUGCACGCCACGUCUCCUCUUGCGCUGCCCUUCUUCUCACCCUUCAUCGGCCCCCCUUUCUCCUCUAGAGAAUGCACAAGUGGCGAUGCACCGGAGAGUGAUGCAGGUGAGGUGGGUGGGUAG